AUGCCUGCAAAGUAUGCUCUAAGACCUUCAAGCGAAGUGAGCACCGUCUUCGUCACGAACGUGCUCACACCCGAGAGAAGCCAUAUCAUUGCAGAUACUGUCAUAAGCGCUAUUCCCGGAGAGACCUUGUUGUUCGCCAUGAGAGGACUUUGCAUUCCUCAGAGUAUACCUCGGUACAUGCCGCGAAACGCCAGGGAUGAUGACUCGGAGGGAGCUGAUCCAGAGGACACAGUGCCGGUCUCCAUGGAGGCGAGAUCACCAGAAUCCAACAACCUGCUAGAUGAGGACAGUUUGGAACAUGUCACCCCAUCUUCUGACACCCUGCUUUUCUCCGCCGACUUAUAUUCUUCUGCCAGCAACCAACACUCUCACUUCGCUCUUGCAGCGUCUACGGCAGACGCAGACGGUAACUCCGUCAAGGAACUCUGUUCGGGUCAUCAAGGAAUCUGCGAAAACACUAAUGUACCUGCUUUGUCUGAUGUAUCGGCGAUCGUCAACAACCAGCAAAACAACUCCCCUUCUGUUCGGCAACCGGGAAACUCACCUAUGCAGGGAGGAUCACUAAAUCAACCUGCAGCCAACACAGCUCUCUUAUCGCAAGACAUCACUUUUGCGAACCUCGAUUUUUUUGAGCCGUUCCUAGGUCUUCCGUAUGACGCUUCAGACUUUUUAGGCCUUCAAAAUGAGCUCGGACAUCUCGAGACUGUCUCAAAUUUGCCCCAACUAGGAAAUUCGGUGUCGCAGCGUACAGAUUUUGUCUAUCACAGUCAGGACCUAGCUGGUAACAUUGCACUGUUCGGUUCGCACACUUCACUACCAAAAAUGUCAGCAUUAGGGACGACGAUGCCUCAGACACAUUCGCAAGCUCAUAACUUGCCAUUAAAAUCAAAUUUGGUCGAGGAUCCAACUAAGUUGUCCGACCCAUCACCUACCUCGACAACAUCCUCGCUAUCUAGUCUUCUAGAGGUGACAAAGCCUGAACAGGUCAAAAGAACCCACUUCAGAAUCACUGAAGAGACAAGAACGGCACUUUACAAGGAUCUGACAACCAGGUUGAGCCAAGACGAGUUGUGGGAGUAUGAACAUCCAGAGGCGUUGGCAUUGGAAAAAUGCUUGCGCAGCUAUGUUGACGCCUUUCAUAUACAUCUGCCCAUUCUUCAUGUUUCAUCGCUAACAGUGGAGGAAACAUCAAGUCCACUGAUUCUGAUCAUGUGCGCGAUUGGAGCAUUGUACCGAUUAGAAAGGAAAUUAGCCAUCAGUAUGUACCGCAAGGCGUCACAGGCGUUCGAUCGAAGUAUGUCGGCUUGGCUGGCCAUAAAUGAGUCUUUGGUGGUUAUUGAAGCAUUCAACCCACAAUCCGAGGAGAUGUCUCAGCCAAAGUCUCUGCCCCUCUGGAUGAUGCAAGCCCGAUUUCUCCUUGCUGUAUUUGGCACCCUGAAUGGCAACGCAGGCUUGAUCAAGAGAGCUUUUGGAUUAUUGUCGGCCCAAUGGACGGUGAGGAUCCCUGUGAAAAACAUAGUCUGUACUAAACAUUUCGCAGGACUGUCACUUGGCCUUGACUUCCCUGAGCGUUCGUCGGAGUGUCAACGACACGAAAUGGGAGGAUUGGAUCGUAAGAGAGUCAUCCAAGAGGUUUAG